GUACUUGCCCGGGGUCUCGGGCUCCGCGCUCUACGGCGCGGGCGCUGCUGCCGAGCUGGAAGAUGUCGGCGCCGGGCCGGGAGGAGCGCCCUGGUCCUCCCGGCAGCUACGCGAAGCGGGUCCUGGUGACCGGGGGUGCCGGCUUCAUACCAGAAAGUUAUACAUGUCACGAGGAGGAUGUGAGAGUUUGUUUAUAGAUUCUGUUGAGAAGUGCAUCCCAUGUGAUUGUCUCCUUAGUAGAGGAUUAUCCCAACUAUAUGAUCAUAAAUCUUGACAAGCUGGAUUACUGUGCAAGCUUGAAGAAUCUGGAACCUAUUUCUAACAAACAAAACUACAAAUUUAUACAGGGUGACAUUUGCGACUCUCACUUUGUGAAGCUGCUGUUUGAGAUGGAGAAAAUAGAUAUAGUCCUGCAUUUUGCUGCACAGACACAUGUAGAUCUUUCGUUUGUCCGUGCCUUUGAGUUUACAUAUGUCAAUGUUUAUGGCACUCAUGUUUUGGUAAAUACUGCUUAUGAAGCCAGAGUGGAGAAAUUUAUUUAUGUCAGCACAGAUGAAGUAUAUGGAGGCAGUCUUGAUCAGGAGUUUGAUGAAUCAUCACCCAAACAACCUACAAACCCUUAUGCUUCAUCUAAGGCCGCCGCUGAGUGUUUUGUACAGUCUUAUUGGGAACGAUACAAGUUUCCAGUUGUCAUCACCAGAAGCAGUAAUGUUUAUGGACCACAUCAGUAUCCAGAAAAGGUUAUUCCAAAAUUUAUAUCUUUGCUCCAACACGACAGGAAAUGCUGUAUUCAUGGAUCAGGGCUUCAGAGAAGAAACUUCCUUUAUGCUGCUGAUGUAGUGGAAGCAUUUCUCACCGUCCUCAAAAAGGGAGAACCAGGGGAAAUCUAUAACAUUGGGACCAACUUUGAAAUGUCAGUCGUUCAGCUUGCGAAAGAACUAAUACAGCUGAUCAAAGAGACCAAUUCCGAGUCUGAAACGGAAAGGUGGGUGGACUACGUUAAUGACAGACCUCACAAUGACAUGAGAUAUCCAAUGAAGUCUGAAAAAAUUCACAGUUUAGGAUGGAAGCCCAAAGUGCCUUGGGAAGAAGGAAUAAAGAAAACAGUUGAGUGGUACCGAGAGAAUUUUCACAACUGGAAGAAUGCAGAAAAGGCAUUAGAGCCCUUUCCAGUUCAGCCACCAUUUAUAUAAUGCCAGUCGCAGAGAAGAGGACAUUAUCCUACCUCAACAAGUGACCUGAAAUCAAGUGCCUAAAUGAAGUGCCAGCCUCUCACUCUGAGUGGGAGGGAUGCUCCGGUAUUGGAUUCAGAUGCAGUCUUCAGAAGUUUCAGUAUUGGUCCAGGAUUCCAUGUGAGAUUCCCUCAGCAAACUUCUCCGACAAGUCCCAUGGUGGUCCAGCAGAAGCAGUGGAUGUGGGCAGGAUGAGGCCCCUGGUUCUGAGAACAGAGGCAGGUGGAAGCACUGGAUGGACCUCUGUUGGCUCCCCAGCCUUUGCCAGCACCUGAUUGUCUCAGGUUUUAUGUCCUGACUAAUUUUUAAGGUCUGAUGAUGUGAAAAUGGAACAAAAUGGAAGCAUAUUGAACACUUUUUAACUUUUGAUAAUUUCUUAAAAUUAACUUAGAUGGUUCUUAAAGGUAAGAUGUAAAUUUCUUACAUUUUUGAAAUCAGCUGUUGAUUUAUAUAUAACUGGUAUCAGAAAUUUGAUCAUGUAUCUACUGUUUACAAUGGUUUUAUUUAUAAAAGUAUCAAUGUAUUUUAAUAUAUUAAAUACAGAUUGUGGCUUUCUUAGUGAUAUAUUUUUA